AUGGGAGCAACGAUCGGAUUAUCCAUUGCAGGUCGGAGUGAUGCAUGCAAGCUGGACAGGGAGAACGUUUUUGCCUUCCAAAAAACUGAGAUCACAGCAAGCCUGGCCAACACUUUGGCCUUGCUGGCGAUGAAUGGAGUAUUUUGCAUGUAUGAUGCCCGUCAGGUACAAGUUAUCAAGGCAUUGGAACCUGUGUUUACCAUGCUCAUAUCUACGAUGUUUGGGAGCUUUCCCAGCAAAGUGCAGUUUGGCGCUUCGCUUCUCGUUUGUUUUGGGGUUAUACUUAGCGGCUCCAAGGACACUCCAGGAACUCUUGGAGUGGUGUUGGGGUUGGUCUCUGCUUUUGGCAUGCCCCUGCGGAAUGUGCUGGUAAAAGGCCUGGAGUUGCCGCCUUGCUUGCUGUAUGCAAAGUUUUGUAUGCUUGGAUGUCUGAUGCUUAGUCCUUUCUGGCUUUUCAAGCAGUUUUGGCUGGUGCAGAGACUGUGCCUGCCAUAUCAUUUCUGCUUGGGCACAGCAUCCUAUGUGGUCUACAACCUGGCUUCAAUGUUCUUCUUGUCGAGAGUUUCUCCGCUGACACAUUCCAUCGCAAACUGUGUCAAGCGCUUCGUCUCUAUGACCUUGACCGGGCUUCUUUUAGGCUUGUCGUGGCCCUUGCAUGUUGCGGUGGGCAUGCUGUUCACCUCUACUGGGGUCGCACUGUACUCCUUCGAGAAGGCCAUCCAGAAUUGGCAUGAAGCUUCAAGCUGCCGUCGGCCAUUUUACGUCAUCGCUGGUGUUGUGGGAGCUGUGAUGGCUGUCACAGCUGUCAGACCAGAUGCGUUCACAACAAAAGGUAUCACAAAUGCACUGAUCUCCGAGAGCUUCAAGCAAAACAUGACACGUGGCAAGGUGGCUACAGUCGGAGUAUAUGAUCCAGAUUGGCCGCGUCCGCCGUCUUUGACUCAGGCCCAAGCAACAGCAGCAGCCUUGGGACUGGGUGCAGAUGGACCAGCAGCAUGGGAGUCUGCACGACCCCUGAAAACUCUUGACAACAUGGGAAACCUGGUUUGGUCUUUGGGGGCUUGGAGCUUACUCGGUGGAAGUCAGCCGUAUGCCAUGAGAAGAGACCUCUGGACCACACAGGCCAGCACUAUCAAAGUGCUCCUGGUGGCCACAGGGCCGCUGAUAGGCCCGCUUAGCAAAGACUCGAGAAUCAAACCGCUGAGUGAUGCCAUAGCUGCGCUUCCAAAUGUUCCUGUCGUGGUGCUUGGCAUGGGCCUCAAUCACCAUAAUUGUUCUGCGGAACUGAAUCUUGCUGCGCUUGCUUUCCUGCGACAGCUUACAGAACGCGUACAGAGUCGAGGCGGUUUCAUAGGUGUGCGUGGCGAAUGCACACAGCAAAUGAUGCGCACUAAUGGUUUCUCAAACAGCGAAGUGCUGGGAUGUCCGUCUCUUUUCAUUAAUGCAAGUCAGAACCUGGCACAGGUGCUGAGCAACAAAUAUCGUCAGUUACCAGAACGGCUUGCAGCCGGACAUCUGAGAGUUGGGUUGCUUCCGCCUGCGAUUGGAGACAGAUUGAAGGAAGCAUUCUUCAACUUGUCAAGUAUGGUCUUGCAGGACAAUUACAACUACAUUUAUCAAACCGGCGCAGUUCCUGGAAAGGCACCUUCAGCUGCAAACUUUUCGCAUUCAGGCGAGCAACUUUGGUUCUAUGACGCGCGGGAGUGGCAGAAAGCAAUGUCUUCUUUUGAUCUGAUUGUUUCAGCACGCAUUCAUGGUUCUAUGAUUGCCCUGGCAGCAGGAACCCCUGUAAUUGAUUUUCCUCCAGACAUUCGUGUCCAGGAGCUGUGCGACUCUAUGGCAAUUCCAAAUUUGAAGUUACCUGCGGGAGCGCUCGGGCCGGAACGCUGGCGCGAGCUGAUUUCUCAAGGGGCGGCUUCCUUUGACGCGGCGAAAUUCCAAGCUAAGCGGUUGCAUUACGCGCAGCGUUACAAGGACUUGUUUGCAUCAGUCGGGCUCACGCUGAACGAACAGCUCAAGACUUUGCUCGAGACAUGA